CGCAGUGAGAUUUUAAAACAUUGUCCUUCUCAGUAAUGGCGGCUUCGUUCCCUUCGCCUUCGCAAAAUAACAAUAAAUGGUACUUCACGCGCGAACAAAUCGAAAACAGUCCAUCUCGCCGAGCGGGACUUGAUCCCGACAAAGAGCUCUCGUACCGACAGCAAGCUGCUAACCUGCUGCAGGACAUGGGACAGCGGCUCAACGUCUCACAACUCACAAUUAACACUGCCAUUGUGUAUAUGCAUCGCUUUUACAUGGUCCAGUCCUUUACUCGCUUCCACCGGAAUGUGAUUGCUCCUGCAGCUCUGUUUUUAGCAGCGAAGGUGGAGGAACAGCCCCGUAAACUGGAGCAUGUGAUUAAGGUGACCCAUGCAUGUCUCAAUCCUCAGGACCCAUCACCGGACACCAGGAGUGAUACAUACCUGCAACAAGCCCAAGACCUGGUCAUUCUUGAGAGCAUAAUACUCCAGACCCUGGGUUUUGAGAUCACCAUUGAUCAUCCUCACACACAUGUUGUCAAGUGUACUCAGCUUGUGCGAGGUGAGAACCAGCUGCUCACUCUAAACUGUGCUUCGUAUUGCUCAGUAAAGGGUACGUCUAGCACACCAAGCUCACAGAUUUCACGUCUGAUCAUGAGCUUUCCUUUUAUUGUUCCAGCGAGUAAGGAUUUGGCUCAGACUUCAUAUUUCAUGGCAACAAACAGUCUUCACUUGACUACGUUCUGUCUGCAGUACAGUCCACCAAUUGUAGCUUGUGUUUGUAUUCAUCUGGCCUGUAAAUGGUCCAACUGGGAGAUUCCCGUUUCCACAGAUGGCAAACACUGGUGGCAGUAUGUUGACCCCACUGUGACUCUUGAGCUAUUGGAUGAGCUCACUCAUGAGUUCCUGCAGAUCUUGGAAAAGACACCCAGCCGCUUAAAACGCACCAGAAACUGGAAAGCUGCAGGUCAAACUGCUAAGAAAUCGAAAGUGCAGGAUGGCGAUCAGUCUGAAGCCAUCAUGAACAUGAUCUCAAUGUCGUCGUCCGACAGCACAUUGGCAGGACUGACGAGCCUCUCCGCUCCGCCCACCGGUUCCUCCAUGGACUCUUGUGCAGACGAGCACAGCGCCGCAGCCUCCGCUCAACACUGGCAGCCUCCCAGCAAAGAGCAGCCCACUGCCAACGAGCUCCACGCACCCGCCAAAGUCUCUCUGAGCGAGUAUCGGGCCAAACAUGCGGAUGAGUUGGCGGCACAGAAGAGGGAGCUGAAGAACAUGGAGGCAAGUGUGAAGCAGGGAUACGCCACUGCCGCCCAGGCCCUAAUGAACCAGCAGAGGAAAGAUAAACACCAUCACCACCAGCAGACCAGCUCCUCAGACACCAACAACCCAUCCCCAAUCGUCUUGAAGAUCCCGCUGGAUGAGCGAUCGGAGAGAAGUUCCAUAAAAAUGCGCUUACCUGUGCCAGGUCAAUCCGGCGGGGGUCACAGCCACAGCAGUGGCAGCAGCAGCCGGGGAUCAGACCAGGACAUCAAAGUGCGCAUUCGGGUUCCAGACAGGCGAGGCGGAUCUGGAGAAGACGGGAAAAGUCGCGAAAAACACAGAGAGCGAUCCAACCACCACCACCAUCAUCACCACCACCACCACCACUCUUCCUCCUCCAGCGCCGGUUCCCUCUCAGCAUCGUCUUCCUCAUCCUCAGCACAAAAACACUCAGCCGGCUCUUCAGGAAGUAGCAAAAAGCUCUCAGGUGAUUCAGUGCGGACGAGCUCUUCAUCAAUGUCGCGAAAACGAACCCACAUGCCAGACCCUUCCUCCUCCAGCACCCACUCGUCCUCAAAAGUCAGCAAAUCGUCCAGAAACUCAUUUCAGUUGCCCACGCUCCCUGGAUUGCCGUCUCAUGUGAUGCCCGACAUCCUUCCCUCGCUGCACCAUCAGGGAAACUAUUCGCACUCCAAGACGGACAAAGCGGAUACAAACGGUCACAACGCGGCCGGACAGUCGAACGAGUACCAGGACACGUUUGACAUGUUGAACUCGCUGCUCAGUGCGCAGGGCGUCCAGCCGGCACAACCUCAGAUAUUUGACUACCGCUCUCAGUACGGAGAGUUUCGCUAUAGCAGUGGCGCUCGCGGAGGAGCACAGCCGCCACCUUUACCCUCAGAACCACCUCCACCUCUGCCUCCAUUGCCCAAAUAAAGCGCCCUCGCAUCAUCCGUCCACACACGCUGAUCAAAUCAGUGCUUUCGGGAGUCCUGUGUGCGUCUAACUUUAGUGUGAUGUCGCGUUUGACAGCAGAGUAAUGUAAGGCAAAAAAAGCCCUAAUGUUGUCUUGCGUCUUUGUGUGUGUGUGCGUGCGCAAGCGAGUACGUUCACAACACCCCAUCUGUGGCAAUAAUGUUAAAGUAGAACAAAAUAUUGCAAAAAAAAGGCAAAAAUGUUAUUUAUUGAAACGAGAAAAAAAAUAAUUGUACAUACUACUAUUUUUUGAUGUCGUUCACUUUUAUAUCCGCGCUAACAGAAAAGCAUAAUGGAAUUAAGGGUAAUGUAUUACUGAAUGAGAGGGACUCGCGGUCCUCUUUAAAAAAAAAAAAGUGUAACCUUGAAUGCAAAAAUGGAAAAUGUUCGCUAACAAUAUAUAUGUGUCUUUUUUAUGGAGUAUGGUAUUUAUUAUUAGCCUUUUAAAUCCAUAGUUAUUAGCAGUCGUUGCUUGAAUGCGUCUCCAGACGAGAUCUGGAUUUAUUUUUAUACUGUUGUAAGUAAACCUACUUCCCAGUCUGUAUUUACUUGAUGUGUGUCAUGAGAAAUGGACACGCACACAAACACAAAUCACCAAUAUUCGCAUCAUAAUGUGUUCCUAAAUUCACGAAUAGUUUCAUUUUUGUUUUGUUUGGUAAAUAUUUUUGCUUUCAACUUCUAUUAAUGGUGAAAAUUGACGACUAUUUAAAAGAAAAAAACCUAAAAAAAAAAAAAAAUUAAGCAAGUCGUUUUUUGGAAGGUAUGUUCACUAGACUUACAGUUCUAGCCUCCGAGGCAGAUGCAGUCAUUGUUUUAAAUGGUUGUAGAAUAUCACACUCAUUUAUAAUACACUAUACACAGCAGUAUGUUGUACUCUCUACAUCCUUUUAUUUAUUUCAGUUCAGUUUUUUUCAUGUAUAGACAGUUUUAUCCUAAUGUAACUGACCUAUAAAUGGCCCUCAGACUUAAAUGAAUCUGUGAUGGACAGAAAUGAUUGAAAGUACAAGAAGUGUGACGAAUAUUGGUUUAUUUACAAAUCACAUUCAUUCUUUCUGUAUUUAUGAAUGAUUCAUAUUGAACUUGAUACUUUAGUUCAGCGUACCUAUAUUCUAUAGCAUAGGUCUUAAACUUGAUGCCUGGAGGGCCACAGCUCCAGUUUUGCUCCAACACUAAUCAAACACAGCUGAUCCAAAUAAUCGAGGUGUUCAAAAGAGUCAUGGACACCUUGAUUAGUUGGAUUAAGUGUUUGAUCAGGGCUGAAGCAUAACUGCUGAGCUGCAGCUCUCCUGCCAUCGAAUGUGAGACCUUUGUUUUAUAGGGAUACUUCAUCCGAAAAUUAAUAUUGUCAUCAUUUAGUUAGCUAAAACGUUUUAAUCAUUAGGCUUUGAUGGUUAUUGGAUCCCAGCAUUCUUCAGAAAUCUGUUUUGGAUGAAAUAUCGUCUUAAAUAUAAUGUCUGAAAUGGUCUUUUAGGUUCAUGUUUGUUAUAUGCCUGCAUUUAAACCCUCAACUUGACACUUGUAGAGCCAUUAGGGAGCAUGCUGACCAUUCAUGUUUGUUAAACUGGUUUCACCCUUUUAUUUCUGUUCUUGUUUUCUAAACACAAACCCAAAUGC